CUCAGAACCUAAUUUCUGGUGUCAGAACUCAGACGCUGGAAGGGUAUUUUGAGCAUGAAGAAAAAGAUUAUUAUCAGUUUGCCUGUAAGCACAGAUAAAUGUCGAGCUCUGGCCAUGAAAAUUGCAGUGUCUACAAAAGGAGUGAAAUCGGUGGAUAUUGUAGAAGAGAAAAACCACUUGGUAGUGAAUGGAGAAGGGAUUGAUUCGUAUAUUCUGAUGAAAAGACUAAACAAGAAAUUCAGGUGCGCUGAAAUUCUAACAAUUGAAGAAGUGAAAUCCAAGGACAAAGACGACAAGGACAAGGAUAAAGAGAAGAAGAAGAAAGAUGACAAAGACGACAAAGACGAUGAGAAAAAGAAAGAAAAAUGCAAAAUAUGCCCAAUUUGCUGCAAACCAUACCCGUGUUAUUGCAGACCUUAUCCGCCAUAUCCGGUUUACCAACCCGUUUAUGACACCUAUUCACAAGGCUGCUCCAUUGUGUGAGUCAAACCUAGCUAGCUAAUGGGUUGCAUUUCUAGUCCUUCAAAUAAUUAUAUAUGGUUAAGGCAAAAAG